AUGUCUAUUGUAGGGUCGUUAAUUUUUUGCUUGGACUGCGGUGAUCUGCUGGAAAAUCCCAGUGCCGUGUUGGGCUCCAACGUUGAAUGCAAUCAAUGCAAAGCCAUAUAUCCGAAGUCACAGUUCUCUAAUUUGAAAGUCAUCACUACAACGGCAGAUGAUGCCUUCCCAUCCUCGCUUAGAGCUAAGAAAUCUGUGGUGAAGACAUCUUUGAAGAAGAAUGAGCUAAAAGACGGUGCUACUAUCAAGGAAAAAUGCCCUCAAUGUGGCAAUGAGGAGAUGAACUACCAUACUUUGCAAUUAAGGUCUGCAGAUGAAGGUGCUACCGUCUUCUAUACAUGCACCUCCUGUGGUUACAAGUUCCGUACCAACAAUUGA